CGCUCCAUCACACUCCUGAGAUCUACGUCAGUUCACCUCGACAAGAAGCAUGGAGCUGGUGCCACACGAUCCGCUCAGGCCGUACGUGUCUGCGAGAGAAACGCGGCUGGCGACCCUCCAGGAAGAGCCAGAAAAGGUCGCCAAGGACCAGCAUCAACCGCCGCCACACUUGCUUGUAGAACGGAGCAGGAAGAAAAGUUGGACAAACAGAUCAGACGACAUCCUGACAACGACUCUGUCAGCUUUCUACGGCAAGCUCCUGGUUGUACUGGGGUUGGCUCUGCCGGUCACAGCGGCCAUCAUCCCAGAGAGCACAGCAACAACAUAUGACGGCUUCUACCUUUACUUGUAUCUGGGGAGCCUCCUGUUCCUAUGUUACAUGUAUGCAGGCGUCAUGAAGGAGGAAGUUGUCCUAAGUGUCAGCAGGAAGACGUCAGCCUUCGAGAUGUCCAACAAACGACUGAAGGGAGCUGGAACGAAUCAGGAGCAGCAGGUACGAUACGGCAGCUUCUACCUGAGAAUGGGAGUCGCUGGUUUCGGUGUGGGCGCCAUGAUUCACGCCGUGUUGCAUUUCGGCAUGUACUUCGAGCUGCGCAGCACGUCAAAGUGUGACGACAUCCUGGUCGCCAUCACGCCUCUGACGCAGGCCGCAUUUGUCAUCAUGCAGAUGAUAUUCAUAUUCUCCGACAACAACAAGUUGGUGGAGGAGUAUAGCUACAGAGUGGUGGCACGGUUCGGCCUGAUGCACAUGAUAGCCACGAAUCUUUGCGAAUGGCUAUACGUGGUGGUCGAAGAGACCAAAUAUGACAUCUUGCAGGUGCUGAACAGCACCACAAAGCAGCACCAUGCAAUAAACGUGUCGGGGCACGGGAUCUCCAGAACGUACAUCCCAAACAUCGAACCAGAUUGCUGGAAGUCCAAUAUUAUGGCGCCCUUGGUGCGCAGUGCCAGCAGGUUCCUAUUUCCCUGCACUGUGGAGUACAGUCUUCUCUGUGCUGUCAUCCUGGGCGUCAUGUGGAUGAACGCUUGCUCUGACACCAAGACCCAACAACAGCAGCAGCAGCAGCAGCAGCAGCACUGUGACCAACUGUCGCCCGACAGUAUACCCGGCCGUGUCAGUGGUGUUAACAUCAUCUACACGCGGUCUGUCAGUCACUUCUCUGUGGACUGCACCAGCGCACACAAAGGACUCUUCGCAGGGAUCCUGAUGCUGGUACUGUCCAUCGUGAGUCUCAUUAUGUUCUUUGAGCUCGUUCAGCGUCCCCAGUUUGUCGACGAGGCUGUCCUGCAGGUGAAUGUUUGGGAGACGGUGAUGUAUGCCACUUCCACCGCCGCUGUAAUCUCCUGUUUGUUUGCGAUUCGAAAUGUCGGACGAAUACCUGGACAUCGACGUUUCGAACUUGAACACAUCCUCCUCUUCAUGACACAGGCCGGCCUCUUCUUAUUCAUCCUUUUCCAGAUCAUCGGAGCGUAUUUCUCUCUGGAUAUGGCACCCCGCUGGGCCGUCAUGCGGAUCAUAACACCCGUAGCCGCUCUGGUGCAGAGCACGAGCCAGACGAUACUGGUGCUGGACGCAUGGAAGAGGCGAUGUAAUACGAAAGAACAAAUGGAGAAGAGACCGGGAAAACAGUUGAUCACGUUUCUGCUAAUUGUGAAUCUCGCCCUGUGGGUGGUAAACAGACUGAAGAACAACCGGGCGGAGUUUCACCCGUUGCAGACAGAAUUUUAUGGGGUGUGGGCCUGGACCAUCAUCACACACAUAUCAAUGCCGCUAGUAGUGUGCUACCGCUUUCAGUCCACGGUUUGUCUUUACGAGAUAUGGAAGCAUGUUUACAAGAUGCGAAAUGCUGAUCCCUAGAUCGUUCAGAACGCACGGCAAAUGAUCAGGUUCUUGAAUGUAUUAUGAACUGCUUCAACAGCAUUUUUCAUACAAAUAUAUUUAUUAAUUAUGCUAAUAAUAUUAGCAUUAUGGUUUCGGCGUAACACUGUCAUCUGAUGACUGGAAUCAGAUAAAAUCAAAUCAACUUCGUUGAACUGUGGUAAUCCAUAGCUACUGAAUUCGAUCACUGAUUGUCAUGACUAGAAAAACAUCGCACCGCUUAUGGUAGACAGUGUACCCAGGCUUGUACCUACUGAAGGUUUCUGACUGCAGUUCAAAUUCAUCAUGAAGGGGUGUUUAUCUGAGUCUUAAGAUAUUUUAAUUCGCUGAGUGGGUGGUGGUGUCCCACUGGGUCCACCCGGCAUAGUGGCCACUGAUUGGCCUAUUGUAGCCUGCCCUGGGUCAUUAUGAUGAUGGAGAAUUUGGUGGAAUGAAGAUUGG